CAAAACCAUUUAACGACGUGAAUCUUUCAAACUAAUGAGUCAGCUGCGUGUACCGCAAGUCUCGCGAGAUCUCCACAAUAUUCUUACGCGGGAAUCCAUACGAAUAUGAUUUAUGUACGUUCACUCGGCUCGUCUUCGGUAAAGUAAAAACAUAUAAUCAUGGCAUCCCGUGUAGCGGAGACGUUUGCAGAAGUUGACAAGCUUCGUACUGAACUGCUGAACAAUGUCGAACUCAUGACAGAUUGCCUGCGCGUUGAAGAAGAAAUCAGCAACAGGGAAAUUUUGACCCGUAUAGAAAACGUAAUCCUCGGAAUAGUGACGAGUCUUUCCAAAGACGAGGCCCCCGUCCUGGCACUGCCCAACAGAUCCAGCUGGGCCAACAUCAGCUUUGACAGCGCCGUCGGGCUUCAAAUGAGCCCGGAGAGUUCCGUCACCACCGUUCGGAGCGACUGUCCGUCGUCCGCAACUAAAUUUGCGCAAAUUCUCAAGAUCUUCCAGGUCAUCUACAAACUCGUGCAGAGCGACUCGUUUGCAACGAAAAGAGACAUCUAUUACAACAACACACAGCUGUUUGGCUCUCAAAGGGCCGUCGAUAGCAUCGUGGAUGAUAUUUCCUGCAUGCUAAAGGUUACACGCAGAUCGCUACAUGUGUUGGCCACGUCGAAGGGAUUAAUAUCCGGUGACCUGUGUUACAUGGAGGAGGACGGCACGAGGGUCGACUGCCGCUCCAGCUCGGCCGCUGUUGCCGUUUCAUCCAACAUUCGUGGGAUUAGAAAUAUUGUGUCGUCCGCUAAAUUCGUCCUGAUCGUUGAGAAGGACGCGACGUUUCAGAGACUACUGGACGACGACUUCUGCACAAAGAUGUCUCCUUGCAUCAUGAUCACAGGUAAAGGCAUGCCGGACCUGAACAGCAGGCUGAUGGUGAGAAAGCUCUGGGACGCGCUGCACGUCCCCGUCUUCGCCCUGGUGGACGCCGACCCUCACGGGAUUGAGAUCAUGUGCAUCUACAAGUACGGAUCAGUGUCCAUGUCGUUUGAGGCCCGCAGUCUGACUGUCCCCAGCCUUAUGUGGCUUGGCCUCCUCCCCACUGACCUCAAGAGGCUGCGGGUCCCAGAGGAUUCCCUGAUCCCCCUCACCCGGACAGACGAGAGCAAACUCUGCAGCCUCCUCAAAAGGCCGUACGUCACCGGCAAACCCGACUGGCAGAGAGAGAUGGAGCUGAUGCAGCAGAGUAAGGUGAAGGCGGAGAUCCAGUCCCUCGCAGCCAUAGCGCCAGAUUUCCUCACCAGCGUCUACCUGCCCAACAAGCUGCGGUACGGGGGCUGGGUGUGAGCACUCUGCCGCCCCCUAGUGGCGUCGCAGGUGAACUGCUAAAAUAAAAAGACGGGCGCUAAACUGAAGACGGAUCUUUCCGUUUGACUUGUCGUGCCUCGCCCUGGUCGGACGGAUUAAAACAUAUGAAGUUGGUUUGUAAUGUUUGCUCUAUUUAAAUUUUUUUUCACGAUUAACUGUUCUAAUUGUGAUUGAUGAUUGUCUCAUCCUAUCAUUAAAAACCCUGUCUCCCCUUUUGACAAGUCGGAA